CAGUGCUUUUAAUUCCGAAAAUCGAACCAAGCCAGAGACAUGGCCAGUAGAUCUUUGUCUCUUCUCUCGCAACCCCCUAUUUGCCCCUUCUUUUUUCUUCUGUCACCUUUUGGUGGCAAGGUGGGUCCAAACGAUAGAACAACAAGUUUCAUGUUUCGCGACACAGUUUUGAAUGAGUAUGGGAGCUUAUUGAUAUUGAUACUGAAUAUGUCCUUUGUUCUAAGAGUCGCGCCGAGAAUCCCUUGUGUCAUGGAGCUGAACGAAUUGGUCCAGCCGUUUAUCUGAAAAGAUACAUCGGAACACAUCGCGAUUUAGUUAAAGAUUUACUAUCAAUUACUCUCGAGGGAAAUUCGAUGCACGGUGGGUUGUAAAUUAUACAAGACCUGCCUGUCGCGAUUGUAAUUUUGAAGCCCUCUUCGUUAGGUACUGAUUGGCCGUGUUGUAUAAAUUCCAGUGCUUUCGGCAUAAUUGAUGCUGCCAAUAUCUCUUGCGCUCUGGGAAUUACAAUCUGGAGAGCAACAGCAUCAUUUGUCGAGAUAGGCUAGGCUUAACAGACAUAUAAACCAGGGUAUGAAUACCCGCAACCCCUUAUUCAAACAAUCGAAGCGUCCCAUGAAAAUGGACCAUAAGCAAGGUAAACUCAAUCGGAUAUUGAGUUCCUUCGCUGUCGAUAUAUCGAGUGAUAUCUGGUUGCGAAGCCCCGAAAUCCUGGCUGUUUACGUCGGGGGUAGUAUGCUCUACCUAGAUGAGACAGCUAUAUUCGCGGGGACCCAUCCUUUAUAUUGGAAUAUUGCCAUUAUCGUCAAUACCAAGCUUGAUAUUUUAAAGCUUGUGAACAAAAACCGCCAACAUCUCCUGGGAGUAGCCGGAAUAGUACGGCAAGAAUGUCCCGAGGAGCUAUUCCAAGUGCCCUGUCCGGACUCCGAGUACUGGUCCGAGGUUGACGCCGUUAGGUUUGCCGGCUCCGACAAGUUUGGGUUUACGAGGUCAGUGGUAAUACUGAGCUUGGAAUACUUCGGACAAAGUUCGCCACGGGCCCGAUCGCCCACAGCGCUGAAUAUAUACUCGUAUGAGGAUAAGAGGGUUUAUAAAAGCAACAGACCUGGACGAGUCGAGUGCCAAGUCCUACAGGCGUGUAGUCUCCCGAAUGGGUUUGUGAUACUAUAUGACCAGUGGUUAUACGAGGACUGUACCAGGCCCUACGAAUACCGACGCGACCCUUCAUAUGUAGCGUUUGGACAGACUGCGGAUCUGCUGGUCGGCGGGGUAAAUCUAUUGAAGAGCCCGUAUGGGGACCACAUUGCUGGAUACAUUUUGAACUUGUAUCAUCAUACUACCGGGGAGCGUCCAACGGCCAAGUCUCUAGCCAAUUCAGGCCUAUUCUCGGCUUACUAUACCGCCUUCGUAAAUGAGAGGCUCAGUUCGUUUACUGUUACGGGAGACGUCCUCCAGAACUCGAGGCUAGAAGAUGUACCUGCUCCAGUACAGCAGGUGGCUUUGCUUGGAGAUACGUUGACGUCAGAAAAGGGCUGGGAUGAUGAUCCCUCACGGAGUGCUGAGGUUCUUCCCAGGGACUUCGUCGAGAAGUAUUAUCACGGUGCAGUGGUUUCGGUGAAGAGCUGGGAUCCACUUGUAGAGGGCGAACUUUCACGAAAAUGGGAGAUCUCGACUGUCGGAAAGACGGGAGAGACUGUUAGUAUGCUCUGCAAGGAAACCCCGUUCCCAGCAUGCGAACUCGAACGAGUGGUACAAGCUUCUGCUUAUUAUCCCUGGGUACAGAUCCCGCGUAUGUCGGGCUCUGACCUACUGUGUUUCCCUAUGGUAAGAUACGAACUUGAAUCCGAGAUUAGGAUUCGGUACAUUGAGGGCGACUGUAACAACUGGGACGAUGCGGAGACACUGCUUCACGUUGAAAUGGUAAAGGCUGAGAUAAUGCUGAAUGCCUAUAAGAAAUCCCUCCGCGAUCCUGCCGCGCAAAGGAAAGAUUCCGGCGAGAUUGUGGGAUUAUUGCUCCAAAACAUUGGGGCGAGAGAGACAGCGCUUCAGGAGCUGUAUGGAGAUGAGAUCCAGCUUCACCCUGGAGUUUCAGUCUCUAUUGAGGAGUUUUUAGACAUGCAAUGGAUCAUCAACAAUGAGCGGUAUCCGUCAUUGCGCGAGAUGCUCGAUCAAGCCUACAAAGACAUCCGAGAGGCUCAGUACGGCCCUGUAGUCUUCGGGCUAGGAGAUGCCAGUGCGCUCCACGCCAUGGUAUCGCCGAAAACAGCACAAGGAGGCCGUAAAGUUAUCUUCGAUGACCACCAGCUAAGUGGAUACCACCCUGUGAUGCUUGACAUCGCCAGAACAUUUUAUUUCGACGUGUUCUUCGAGACGGUACAUCUGUCCACUUUACCAUCUCGUGAGUGUUCGUGCAUAAAGUAUGAAGUUACGAAGACCGCGAUAGAAGUUACCUACGCUGCGAAAUACGAUUGGUUAGCAAGGGCGAUAGCUGAGAUCAAGAUGAGAUGUCUGGUCAACUCUCUUGAGCAAGAGGUUAAAGCUGCGGGGUAUUCUUUCGAGGCCCUCGCGCCACAGUUGUCUAGUAAUAUACUCGUUCUUCCGGCACUAUACCAGAACUUCUCAGGGGAGCCGGAAGCCAUGAUCGCGUGUCUGGUAAAUGGGAUUAUUAUGUCGCGAUGUAGGAGCUGGAAUGACUUCAGAUUGGGGCUCAAAAAGUUAGGGUUUAGUAUUUGAAGUAUGCAAGCCAUAGCUUGGAUUGACAUAUGAGGGAGAAUAGGAAGGAAGUAAUAGAUAAAUUGAAGGAUAAGUUAGAACAUACCUUAGGUACCUAAGGCACCUAGGUAUCUUUGGGACAUCUCAGGAGACUUUUUCACGACUUUGAACUGUGACUUAGUCCUUAAAUUACCUCUGGUAAGGUACCUCUACACAUCAUGUUUAUAUCGCGUGAGAACGUAAUUCAUCGAGCAAGAACACCGCUUCAUUAAACCUCAAAGAGCCACAAUUUC